GAAACUUAGUUUUUAUUUUUUUGACCCUUAGAAAUGACACAAACGCUAUAUUUCAGACUUCUUCUCAUUGCUCUCUGUUCAUUAUCUGAAUGCUUUCAACGCCGCUAUCACUAUAUAGACAUGACUAUGAAAUGGACUGAUGCUCAGAGAUACUGCAGAGAACACUACACAGAUCUGGCCACAGUCGACAACAUGAAUGACAUGAAACAGCUGAUGAGUCAACUGAAUAACAAUCAGAAUGUCUGGAUUGGACUUUAUAAUAAACUGAAGUGGUCUAUGGGUGACCCUGUAAACUAUACAAACUGGGGAACAAACAGUGACAAAUAUGGUGAUGGUAAUUGUGUAUUUAUGAGAAAUGGAACAUGGAGUUAUCAGAAAUGUGAUCAGAAGUCAACGUUCAUCUGCUACAAUGAGACAAUUAAAGGAUACGUCUAUGAAACUUCUAAUAAAAUGUGGAGAGACGCUCAGAGUUUCUGCAGACAGCUUCAUACUGAUCUGGUGACUGUGAGGAAUCAGAAUGAGAAUGAUCAGAUUCAGAAGAUCAUCAAUAACAGUCAGAUAUCUGUCUGGAUCGGUCUGUUCAGUGACUCAUGGGAGUGGUCAGAUAAGAGUGACUCCACCUUCAGAUACUGGAUGUCUGGUGAACCCAAUGGGGGUUCUUAUCCAAUGUGUACAGAAGUCCCAAUGGAUCCUCAGGGUCAAUGGAAUGAUGCAGGUUGUAGUCAGUCUAAGACCUUUGUGUGUCAUGAAGAUAAUCUGGUAUUGAUCAAUAAGAAUAUGAGCUGGUCUGAUGCUCUGAGUUACUGUAGACUGAAUCAUGUGGAUUUGGUUUCGGUUGAUUCAGAGGAGAUUCAGCGCCGGGUGUCAGGAUUGGUUCAAAAGGCCUCUACUCGUGCUGUGUGGUUGGGGUUACGUCACUCCUGUAGUGUUGGCAUUUGGUUCUGGAUGAAUGGAGAGAUGGUUUGCUAUCAGAAUUGGGCUCCAGGUAACAAAACAGCAGUGGACGACUGUGACCGUGAAGUAAAAUCUGGAGCAGUUCAGUCUGGAGGAGAUCAGCGCUGGAUCAGCCUUCCUCAAAGUAAACAACUCAACUUCAUCUGCAUCAAAUAUGAUUAAGAAUCAAAUCGUACGCAUCAUAUACAACUUAUUUUCUUUGUUAGGUUUCUGGUUUAGUUUUGUUCUUUGGCAGUGGGGCUAUUUAAAUAUUUCAGAUCUAAUACAGGUUGCAUAAUAAACACAUUUUAAACAAAGUUUAUUGUAUUCGUUUGAACUCAAACUCUUUUCUAAAUUACUUUCUCUGGUAAUUCAUAGCAUACAGACACAAUUCAAUUCACAGUUUAUUAGCUUUUGUCUUUAACUGAAUUAUGGGAAAUUAUUUGUAAUAACUUUUUGGAAGUGGGUAUAAUCACAUUUACUAAUCAGAGAUGACUUAUGUUGUGUUA